CAGUUGAAAUUCGUCUGCCGGAUGAGUAGGGAAAACGUACAAUCUGUAACCUAUAAUUAUAAGUUUUUUCUCCGCUUCGUAUUCAGUUGGACUUUCGAAGGCAACACGGCGGCAGGCGCGUAAUAACCGACGUGUCCGUGGAGUGCCUUGAACAGCCAGAACAGCGGAGAGAGAGAGUGCACGACGUCGUCGUCGUGGCUGAGUCAGAAGAGUGUGUUAGUAGUGGAUCAACGCGUUCGGGCGCACUUCGGGUAUCUUUUGGGUACACCGUAGAAUAGCGUAGCGCGAGUGUGUGCGAAUCGAUAUUUCGGUGGGCCUUCGUCGCCCCCUUUCCGUGUGCGUGUGCCUCUGGUUGCCUCGUGCAAACGUCCCUCUGGGUCCUACAGUCGGGUACCCUAAUGAACGCUAGUGAGAAGAGGACUUAAUAAUAGUGUUUAGAGUUUAAUUUCUGCUUCUCUCAUCAAGAGCAUCUCGUCGAAGCUAGCAGCAGCAGCAGCAGCAGCAACAGAGCUCCGAUGCUGGAAUAACCCCGACCGAUCGACCGACAAUUUCGGCUGGCCCCUGCGAAGGAACACCGCGCGCGCCAAACUACAACGCAACGAGAUAAUACGGUGGCCCCGGACCGGACACACAGGGUGUGUGCAAAAGAUUAUCCGGCCUGAAUUACAUAGUGCUUAAUCCUUCUCCAGUGACCGGAUUUUGGCGUGUUUUUUUUUAUCCGCGCUGUGUUCCGUUCAAGGAGCCCUUUCGGACGUGCGUGCGGGUGUGUGCUUGUGUACGUGUGUGCAAAUUGUGUGAACUGAUCUGUGGGGACCCACAUUUGACCCCCACCGGAUUUUGUAUGGGGUCGAAUUUAGGUGUGCGCUAGCGCAGGUGCGAGAAAAACGAUUAAUUAGUGGAUUAAAGUGAUUAAGGUUAAGCUGCCGCGUUUUUGCGCGAGUGACGAAUGAAGGUACAAAUCAAAGGAUACUUUUGACGAAAAUUUGGAACAGAAUAUUGCGAGCAGAGUUUUGUUAGUGACCGGAGGCAGUUGAAGAUUUACGGUGAUCCCACAAGAUGAUGGCCUCACCGAGUUUUAUGACCCAGUAUCACAACCAUCACCAGUGGAACAAUAGCAGUCAGGCACAGCUAUCACCUCUGAACAUCCUGCCCUACCAGUAUCCACCGCAGCCCUCCUCGGUGAGCAGUCUCGGUUCGGUAGCAUCCCUCGGCUCCGCUGGACUUUCCCCAACGCAAUCGAUCGCCUCCUCGAACGGUGGAGGCGGUGCUGGCGCUAGCACAGCCAGCAGCAGCUUCAGCACAACCUGCGGGGGUGGCUCGAACGCCGCCAGUCCGGACGUAACGAGUGCGGCAGCCGCCGCCGCCGUAGCCGCAGCCGCCACGACCGCGUACGGUUUCGGCGCGAUGGUGCAGCAGAGCCCUGCCACAGCAGCCGCUUUCGAGAUGAGCGCUAGAUCCCAACAGAUGCACUACCCGUCCUACCAGUACCCGGCGGCUAGCUACUACAACAACAUGACCGGUAAUCCCUGGUUUGCCCAGGAACCGAUGUACCAGGCCUGGCCUGGGGAGGCCUACGGCCUCAAGCUGGAAGAUUAUUCGCACCAGACGCAGGCACAGCGACGCUGUGCCCGUUGUACCUGCCCGAACUGCAUCAACGAACUGUCCGGACUGCCACCGGUCGUGGGGCCGGAUGAGAAAGGUAAGCGGCAACACAUCUGCCACAUUCCGGGCUGCGAGAAGAUCUACGGCAAAACGAGCCACCUGAAGGCCCACCUUCGGUGGCACACCGGCGAGCGGCCGUUCCUGUGCAAGUGGUUGUUCUGCGGGAAGCGGUUUACCCGGUCCGACGAGCUGCAGAGGCACUACAGGACGCACACGGGCGAGAAGCGAUUCGCGUGCAGUAUCUGCGCCAAGAAGUUCAUGCGAAGUGAUCAUCUGGCGAAGCACGUGAAGACUCAUGAGAAUAAGGCGAAAAAGAUUGCCAAGAAGAGCGAGAAGGAUGUGGAAGCGAAGAUGAAGAAGGAAGAGACAAAGGUUGGGAAGAUCGAGGGCAGUGGGAAGAGACAGCUGGAGGUGGAGGACAAAGGCGAGCAAUUGACGGUUCCCAAAUUGAAGAAGCGGAAAGCUAGUUUUCAGCAGGAAGAUAUCAAUGCCAACAUCAGAAUGCCCCAAAUCAAGCAGGAGAAAGGUUACGAGGGUACGGGAAAAUCGCUUUUCGGGACGGGGGACUACGGACAAAGUGCGGGCUACCAGUCGACAACUAUGAGUUAUCCUCAUCCCACGUCGUAUUUCCAGAGUGCGUUCCUACCGGACGCCAGUAAUCCCAGCAAGAAUUUAUUCCACAAUCCGUACUGCGACAGUGGUUUACAGGGUCGCUCCAAUAUAUUCUCUACCUCGACGACCAGUAGCGGCGUUAAUCCAGGCAGCAGCAGCAGUAGUAGUCUUGGUUGUGACACGACUGCGGAACGCAGAAGCAACAUCAACAACAAUAAUUUGAAUAGCGAAGUUAGCAAUAGCCUAGUGAAGUUGGAAGAGUACGCCAACAGUCAUAGCCUACUUAACAACGAUAAUGGUGCCAGCGGACAUCAGCAGCGUAUCAGCUCCAACGCAAACAGCAAUCUACUACCUCAAUCACAGGCCCAAGUGUACCACAUCAACCCAGAGCUAGCGUCCAAUUAUGCGGCGGCCUAUUCGAGCGUAAAGUCUGCCUAUCAUCAUCACCACCCCCAUCAUCAUCAUCUGAACCACGCAGGAGGCGGAAGCAGCAGUAGCGGCGGUAGCAGCAGUAGUUACGGUGACGUUAAUCCUGCGUCACACGGUGGCAACGAAUCGAACGAAAACAACAAUAACAAUAAUUGUACCUCCCCAGUGGCAUCGACGACGGCGGCAGCAGCAGCGGCAGCCGCCACGUACAACAUGAUGAUGAACAAUUAUACAGUUCAUCACCAUCAUCACCACCACAAUCAACAGCAACUCCACCACCACCAGCAGCAGCAGCAACAGCAUCAGCAACAACAACAACAGCAACACCAGCAACAAAUUGGGCUCUUCAAAUAACUGCAUCACGUAGCUGUCAGUGUCAGUGCUAUUGUUUACCUUCCUAUGGGUUGCAUUGGAUUUGGCCUGCUUUUGUGUUGCCAUUCCCCGACGCAAUCUGUCAAAAAUGUGAGAUUUUUGUGACGUUCCUUUUCAUCUGUGCCGAAGUCGCCAAGCCAUCGAUCGCGCGCGGCAUGUUUCGUUUUUCUUUUUAAGUUAACUUUUUUCAUUAUUUUAAUAUUUCGCUAUGUUUUAAGUGUUAUGCCGCGAGAGACACAAAAAAAAGCCGUGUGUGCGUGUGUUUUAGGUCGAUGAAGAAACAAAAACCCCUCCACUCGAGUGCCAAUAUACAAAAGCUUUAGUUUUUUUUCCUUGUUCGAGAGGCAAACGUACGAAACACAGAAAGAGCUAAAAACUAUUAAAUUAUGUCAUGAUUUAUUUAUGUUCCUACGAUUGUCAGCGAGAGAAAGAGAUGAGAAAUAAUACAUUAACCGAAAGCAGAAAGGUUUUCUUUCUUUCUGUGGGACAGAAGGCUUGCGAAGCUUGUGGCGUUCUGACACUUACCCGCACAUGCAUGGAAGAGUACCCCAUUAAAGCGGUGAAAUUAACAAUUGUAAAAUGUAAUUAAAUUUAUUUAUAUUUCCAUUAAUCAUCUUUCACAGCCGCCUAUGAUGGUGUGCUUUGCCGUCAGGGUUUUUCUGCUUUCUAAAGGAGCGAGAGAAAAAAAAACAACAAUUCCACUAACCAGCUUAGUAACCAGCGCGAACAGUCUCCGAGAGGAGAGCGAACGCAGAGAAAAUGAUGAAUAAAAACUAAAUUAAGGUCCAAUGAGCGGUUAAAAUCUUUUUAUUCGCAAAUUCUUCCUUCUCGCGUUUUGCGAGAAGCGAAAAACGCGGUGCGGCAGAGCCGCGAAUGUAAUUAAUUUGCUCUCGUAUUCUCUUUGUACCUUCCCAAAAACAUAAAGAAAACAACAAUAACAAAAAAAAACACUAGCAACGAUCCUUUCAACUGAGAGGAACACAAAUGCUUGGGCAAAUUAUCUAUUUUGUGGUGCGAGUAGCGCGCGUGUUGAUGUAUAGUAAUUUAUAAACUUUAUAAUUAAGUAGUCAAGUGUGCUUCCCUUUCGCUCAAGUCAAUUCUCUCAGAAGGCGACAGGGAACCUGUACAAAAACGAAAACAACCUGUAAAUUUCUAUUUUGUAGAGAGAUUAUCGUUUCUUACCCAGUUCUGUGUCCCAUUCGAUGACUUCAAAUAUCGAUUAAAUCAAAUCCAAAACACGUCCAGUUCAAGUUUGUUCGCCUUUCUCCGAAAAGCGACAAGCAUUUGGUCAAUACUCUGUACAUAGUUUUUUCCCCGUCUAGAUUAUGAAUGCAUUUUAUACUCUCUCUCUCCAAAGGCUAAGACACAAACUACUAAAUAGCAAUGUAAGUAAGCAACUUGAAACUAAAAAAAAACACAAGCAGCGACAGAACAAACUAAGGAAACUUUGUAAAGUUAUACACAUGCAUAUUGCUAGCAAGCAACAGCAACAAGCAACUAAGCAACACUCACACACAAAAACAAGUCGAUGUAAGUUCCGUACCUUUUAAGUGAAGACAAAGAUGAUGGAAGAAAGAUACUGUUUUAUGAAGACCUCAAAAGUAAACGCAAAAUAACAAAACAAAAAAAUCUUCGAUGUUAUAUAUAUAUUUAUGAA